AUGGGGUCAGGUAAGGCCAAAAGGGUAUUUUUUUAAAAAUAUUUUGGAUCGCCCAUAAAGAAAUCGCCCUUGAAGAAAUCGCCAAAAAAAAAUCGCCCAUAAAAAAAUCGCCCCUAGGUGUGCGUUACGAUCUUUUUUUCAAUAUUUUGCGCCUAAAAUGUCAUUUUACAUAACUUUUUAAUCAAAAAAUACUGUUUUAGCCAUUCUAAUCAUUCUAUUUUCAGGCGACAGCAUCUGCCGACGACCGCUGUGCCGAACUGGAGGCGGAGAACGCCCGCCUCAGACAGCAACUGGAAGAGAUGCGGGAAGAGCGGGACAUAGCUCUUCGUCAGAAGGCUGUGGCCGAGGGAAUGGCCGAAUGGCUCGAGGGGGAAGCCAUUAAGGCCCAGGAGGAAGUGGUCCAGCUUCGGCAACUGGUACCACAGGCACCGGCGCUACCAACAGCACCACCACCACCACCACAACCGUCUCCGGCACCAGCGGUACAAACGCCGCCGAGACGAGGCCCGGUGCCGCCUCCGCGAAGCGCCGACGCCCCGGUGUUUCGACGACCCCAUUCAACACCGGGACAAGUGGGCUCUGAUGACACGAGACGGACCCCACCCCAACCAACACCACCAGCUCAGUCUGGCAGAGCACCGCGGGUCCGUCGACCGCCAAUGUGGAGGGAGCUACGGGCCCUGGGCACGCCCGUACUCCUGGCGCCUCGCUCUAGGGUGAUUCGUCGCCCGUUACGCCUGAAGGUGGAUUUUUCCCCUAAGGUGUACGGGUCCACUGGAUAA